CGCAAACGGCAAACGACGCCCAACGACAUUCUUCUUCUUCAGAGAACUGCCAAACCGCAGGUAAUAACAUUUGUUCUCCUUUCUCUAUUGGUUGCUGUGACUUGAAUCAACUGGUUCAUUGUUGAAUUUUCAUCUCGCAAUUUGCAAUUUGCAAUUCACAAUUCGAUACUGUCCUCACUUGUUAAAAAGAAGUUAUCAAUUGAUUUGCUUGCUUGUGAGAUUAUUUUCGAAGAUGAAUUUAUCAGCCGCCAAAAGUUUCUGCACAGAAUCUCUUCAAUGGAUACUGAAUCUGUGUGUCUAAGUUGGUUGCUGUUUCUGAUAUUACCAAUGCGAUCUCCUGCUAAACAUGAGUUUCUUCAAAGGCAUAAUCGACUCGCUAGGAUCGGUUCUCUCUUCAUAUAGUUCUUCGUAUCAAUUCCAAGAAGAAAACCCUAGCUCUGGAACCAUGGAAGGGAUAGCUGGCAAUACGGUAACGAACGAACGUGCUGCGUAUAAGCUGAAGGGGUACUUCGAUUUGGCUAAAGAAGAGAUUGCCAGGGCUGUAAGGGCCGAAGAAUGGGGUUUAGUUGAUGAUGCAAUUGUCCACUACAAGAACGCCCAAAGGAUACUUGUUGAAGCAAGUUCAACAACUGUGCCUUCUUAUAUCAGCGCUAGCGAACAAGAGAAGGUUAAAUCUUACCGUCAAAAAAUAUCAAAAUGGCAGGGUCAAGUUUCGGAGAGAUUACAAGUGUUAAAUCGGCGAGCAGGUGUUCUUUCGGCUGGCACAUCGUCAAACAAGAACACCAUAACUCAUGCACAUACUGCUGCAGUUUCAUCAUCAACAUCAAAUGUUAAACAAGAUCUGUCACAUAUGUCUCCUCGUUCAACUAGAAACAGUCCAGUAAUUAGGAAUCAGACUGAUAAAGCUGCAAGCUCAAAGCACGUGCAAGAUUCUGGUAAUGGUUAUGAAGCAAAAUUAGUUGAAAUGAUAAAUACUGCAAUAGUGGAUAGAAGUCCUUCUGUUAAAUGGGAUGAUGUUGCUGGACUUGAGAAGGCAAAACAAAGUUUAAUGGAGAUGGUUAUUUUGCCUACUAGGAGAAGAGACCUGUUCACUGGGCUUCGGAAGCCAGCUCGAGGUCUACUUCUCUUUGGGCCACCUGGUAAUGGAAAAACAAUGCUUGCCAAAGCAGUUGCUUCAGAGUCACAGGCAACAUUUUUCAAUGUUUCAGCAUCUUCCCUAACAUCAAAAUGGGUGGGAGAGGCUGAAAAGCUUGUCCGGACUCUCUUUAUGGUUGCAAUUUCCCGACAGCCAUCAGUGAUUUUCAUGGAUGAAAUUGAUAGUAUUAUGUCAACAAGGCUGGCCAAUGAGAAUGAUGCAAGCAGAAGGUUGAAGUCUGAGUUUCUGAUACAAUUUGAUGGGGUGACCUCUAGUUCUGAUGAUUUAGUAAUUGUUAUUGGUGCUACAAAUAAGCCACAAGAAUUGGAUGAUGCAGUUCUUAGGAGACUGGUGAAGAGAAUUUAUGUACCAUUACCAGAUAAAAAUGUUAGGAGGCUUCUUUUGAAACACAAACUCAAGGGCAAAGCUUUUUCCUUGCCUGAUGGAGACCUUGAAAGACUUGUCAGCGAAACAGAAGGUUAUUCUGGAAGUGAUCUACAAGCUUUGUGUGAAGAAGCUGCGAUGAUGCCAAUUAGAGAGCUUGGCGCAAACGUUCUCAGUGUCCAGUCAAAUCAGGUGAGACGACUAAGGUAUGAAGACUUUCAGAAGGCAAUGACCGUAAUUAGACCCAGUCUAAGCAAAAGCAAAUGGAAAGAGCUUGAACAGUGGAAUGAGGAGUUUGGAUCCAACUAAUUAAACUCCCAUUAUAGUUGAAUUUUGUUAUUGUGCAUAUGAUUUGCAUUUUGGCAUGAAUAUUGUGACUCAAAAGAAAGCAUUUUCCGCUGUACAAACUUGCAAAGUUACAUUAAUUACAAAUGUGAAAUAAUAUGAAAUUUCAAGUUUUCUUAAUUA